CAGGAGGGCGUGGCCUGGCCGAGGCCUUUGCGUUCCCCGUCAACUGCCGGGAGGGGGACGACCGAGCUACUGAACCCAGGGCUGCGCAGUCGGACGCUGACUGGGGCGCGAACGGGCGACGCCAGGCUUGCAGCGCCGAGCAAAAAGCAGAGCCAGCAGCCCCCAGCCAGGUCCCGCCCCGUGCUGACCGACCUGCCUUCUCCCCAGGGAGCUCCCGGACCAGCAGGAUGGGGUCAGCCUGUAUCAAAGUCACCAAAUACUUCCUCUUCCUCUUCAACUUGCUCUUCUUUGUCCUGGGCGCGGUGAUCCUGGGCUUCGGGGUGUGGAUCCUGGCUGACAGGAGCAGUUUCAUCUCUGUCCUGCAAACCUCCUCCACCUCUCUCAAGGCGGGGGCCUAUGUCUUCAUCGGCGUGGGGGGCUUCACCAUGCUCAUGGGCUUCCUGGGCUGCAUUGGUGCUGUCAAUGAGGUCCGCUGCCUGCUGGGGAUGUACUUUGCCUUCCUCCUCCUGAUUCUCAUCGCCCAGGUGACUGCUGGGGUCUUAUUCUACUUCAACAUGGGCAAGCUGAAGCAGGAGAUGGGCAGCAUCGUGACCAAGCUCAUUCAGAACUACACGGAUGGUCACGAGGACAGCCUUCAGGAGGCCUGGGACUACGUGCAGGCUCAGGUGCAGUGCUGCGGCUGGGUCAGCUUCUACAACUGGACGGAAAACGCCGAGCUCAUGAAUCGCACCAAUACCACCUACCCCUGUUCCUGUGAGAAAAAGAGCAAGAAUGAAAGCAGCAUUUUGCCGCAGAUGGGCUUCUGCGAGGCCCCCGCUGGCAGUAGGACCCAGAGCAGCAACGACCCCGAUGACUGGCCUGUGUACAAGGAGGGCUGCAUGGAGAAGGUGCAGGCCUGGCUGCAGGAGAACCUGGGCAUCAUCCUUGGCGUGUGUGUGGGCGUCGCUGUCAUCGAGCUCCUGGGGAUGCUCCUCUCCAUGUUCUUGUGCCGGCACGUCCAUUCCGAAGACUACAGCAAGGUCCCCAAGUACUGAAGCGGCCGCUGUCCCCGCCUCCCUGCCUGUCCCCCAACCUCAGGGCUCCUAGGGGUCUCCCUGGCUCCCCCUCCAGGCCUGCCUCCCACCUCACUGCCAACACCCCUUGUCCGUCCUGUGCUGGCUGGAAGUGGGGGGCGUCCUGGGGCCUGGACCCCUCUCCUUUGAUUUUCUGCCGCCAGCCUUAAGCCCCAGCUCUUCUGUGGUUCCUCCACUCACUGUCUGCCAGGGUUGUCUUAGCAAUUCCGAGAAAACUCUCCCUGCACAGGUGGGCUGGGUUUCUACCUGCCUUGGGGGCUGUGUAUAUUGUACGGGAGAAAGUGUAUUAAAAACUUGGAGGUGGGGUGGAUAAGGCACCCUGGGCUGUCAGGUGACUGCCCACUGCGUGGGUCAACUUUGUUUCCACUACGAUGCUUCUGUCCUCGGUUUUCACAUUUUCGUUGAGGUAACGGGAGAGGGGGGCUUUACCUGACAUGAGGAGCAGCACCCCUUCCCCAGCCUGAGCCAGCCCCACCCAGGCAGCUCAGAUCAGUCUGGGCCGUGCUGUGGGAACAGUGCCUAGGUGAGCUGGGCUGGAGCGGGGCUGCCUGGGCCAGAGGGUCUGGACUGGCCCUGGGCCGCUUAGGGAAUCAGAGAGGUGAACCCUCUGGGUGUGGCACAGAGCUGGCCCUGCAUUCUCCAGGACCCUGAGCUGUCCAGGGAAGCUAGAGGAUGCUUUUUCCUGUCCCCUGUCCCCCGGGGAACGGGUGGGUAAGGCUGUGCCUUGUAGGGGAGUG